CCAGACCUGUGAACACACACCCAAACAAAAGAAAAGAGAAUUUUUAGAUGUCAGAAAAUUUCUCUCUUUUUCCCCUAAAAUUAAACAACACUUGGUAAUUCUGGAAUUUCAUGGUUGAUUAUGGAAGCUGUGGCGGAAGGGUUGUGGGGACUCGCAGACUAUGCAGAGAAGAGAGGGGAGAUAGGGAAGGCGGUAAAAUGCCUUGAGGCGAUAUGUCAAAGCAAGUCAUCCUUUCUUCCCACGGUAGAAGUGAAGACCCGACUACGCAUCGCCACCCUUCUGCUCAAGCAUUCCCACAACGUGAAUGAGGCGAAAACCCAUUUGGAGCGCUCCCAAUUACUGCUAAAUACAAUACCUUCGUCCUUCGACUUGAAGUUUCGCACUUACAGCUUGCUGAGCCAGUGUUACCAUCUCGUAGGCGCAAUUCCCCCUCAGAAACAGAUCCUCAAUAAGGCUCUUGAACUAACCCAGACUGUGUCUUCAGCGGCAGCUGUUCCCGCUUAUCAGAUCUCUGGGAAAUUGUGGUCCUGCAACUUCAAUUCGCAGCUUGCCAAUGCGUUAAUUAUUGAAGGAGAUUAUCAAAAUGCUAUAUUUGCUUUGGAAUCUGGGUUUCUUUCUGCUGCCGAGUUAUAUUAUCCGGAGCUACAGAUGUUCUUUGCGACUUCUAUACUACAUGUGCAUCUCAUGCAAUGGGAAGGUCAGAGUCUGGUAGAGAAAGCUCUUCAUACAUGUGAUGAGGUCUGGGAGUCUAUACCUCUUCACAAAAGGGAACAAUGCUUUGGUUUGCUCUUCUACAACGACCUGCUCCACAUAUUCUAUCGACUUCGGAUAUGUGAUUACAAGAAUGCUUCUCAACAUGUAGAUAGAUUGGAUGCUGCUGCGAAGACACACUCCCAAAAAGCUGCUCAAAUGCAGGACCUCACCAACGAACUUAAUGCCCUGAACCAAAGUCUCUCCAGAUCUGACCUAUCCUUCCGGGAAAGAUCAACACUCUCUUCUAAACAAGCACUGCUUCAGGAGGGCCUUGGAAGCAUCCCUAGUCUGGCUUCCACUGGUUGUUUGGAAAUACAUGCAGAUAAAAUUUUUCUGGCACCACCUCCUAUUGAUGGAGAAUGGCUUCCAAAAGGCGCUGUCUAUGCACUGGUUGAUCUUAUGGUUGUGAUUCUUGGGCGUCCAAAAGGAUUUUUCAAGGAGUGUGCAAAGCGGAUUCAAUCUGGUAUACAUGCUAUUCAAGUGGAGCUGGCGAAGCUUGGAAUAACCGAUGGCGUUAGAGAAGUGGACUUGCAACACUCUGCCAUUUGGAUGGCUGGUGUGUAUUUAAUGCUACUAAUGCAGUUUCUUGAAAACAAAGUUGCUGUAGAGCUUACAAGGGCUGAAUUUGUUGAAGCACAAGAGGCAUUGGUGCAAAUGAAAAGUUUGUUCAUUCGUUUUCCAACAAUUUUACAAUCUUGUGAAAGCGUUAUUGAGAUGCUUAGGGGCCAAUAUGCUCAUUCUGUUGGCUGUUAUAGUGAAGCUGCAUAUCAUUAUGUUGAAGCAGCAAAGCUAACUGAGAGCAAAUCAAUGCAAGCCAUGUGCCAAAUUUAUGCAGCUGUAUCCUACUUCUGCAUUGGUGAUGCUGAAUCUUCUUCACAGGCACUCGAUUUGAUUGGACCAGUUUACAGAAUGAAGGAUGCUUUUGUUGGAGUUAGAGAGGAAGCAAGUGUUCUCUUCGCCUAUGGCCUUUUAUUAAUGAAGCAACAAGAUUUACAGGAAGCCCGGAAUCGACUGGCCAAGGGCUUGCAGAUUGCACAUAAUAAUAUGGGGAACCUUCAACUUGUUUCUCAGUAUUUGACCAUACUUGGGACUUUGGCGCUUGCACUGCAUGACACUUCACAAGCAAGAGAAAUCUUGAGAUCGGCUCUUACGUUGGCCAAGAAGCUUAAUGACAUCCCAACACAGAUAUGGGUUCUCUCAGUUUUGACAGAUUUGUAUCGAGAAUUAGGUGAGGAGGGCAAUGAAAUUGAGAAUGAUGACUAUCGGAGAAAAAAGUUCGAUGAGUUACAGGGAAAACUUGCUGAUGCACAUUCCUCCAUUCAUCACAUUGAGCUGAUUGAGGAAGCCAGAGUUCAAGUUCAGCAACUUAAUGACAUCACUAUCAAACGUGCAAUGGAAGGCCAGUCCAUGAGAAUCAACCUCGACAUUCCAGAAUCAGUUGGUCUAUUUGCUCCAGCUCCACCUCUAUCAUCAUCUAGGCUUGCUGAUUUAGACACUCGAAGACGUGGAAAGAAAAAAAUCUAGUCCUAGUUUUAGACUCUGCUGUUUUGUGUUCCCAGUAGUGAAAUAUAGUACGUUUAACCUUCAUGAGGCAACCUGUAGAUUGCCAAGUAGAUAACUCUGGCUAGACAGGGUGCUUCCAUUAUUUAUAUCAUUAAGUAAUGAUAUUUGCGAGCCAUGUUCAAAUAUCUGCUUGCGAUAUUCUUCCUUU